UUCUUCCACCAACACACAUUCAAAUUUCAAAACUUUCUUCUCUCUCAACCUUGCCUUAAUUAACCCAACAACACUCUCUCUUACACACAGCUAAAACCCCAAAAUUCUCUCUUUCGCAGUGCUCCGCAGCAGAAACUAAACUUCUCAUACCCUUCGGCAAAAACGGUUACUUUUCUCCAAUGGGUGCUUCGGGAAAGUGGUUCAAGUCACUCAUUCCUUUUCGAAAGACCUCAACUUCAACAACUGAUCAAGAGAAGGGUGGUGAAAACAAGAGCAAGAAGAAAUGGAAGCUAUGGAGAGCUUCUUCAGAAGGGUCCACCGUCAAGAAAGGUGGUGAAACUGCUGUACCUGAUUCUUCCUUUACUUAUGCAGUGGCUGUGAUGGUUCCCAAAGAUUUCAAGCUCAUCAAGCAGGAAUGGGCUGCCAUCCGCAUUCAGGCUGUGUUUCGAGCCUUCUUGGCUAAACGAGCUUUGAGGGCCCUGAAGGCAGUGGUAAGGCUGCAAGCUAUUUUUCGAGGCAGGUUAGUCAGAAAGCAAGCAGCCGUCACUCUGAGGUGUAUGCAGGCUCUUGUUAGAGUUCAGGCACAUGUGAGGGCAAGGAAUGUGAGGAAUUCUCCUGAAGGGAAAGCCGUGCAGAAAUUACUUGAUGAGUAUCGCAACCUAGCUGAUCCUUUUAAGCAAAUUGAGCAUGGAUGGUGUGACAUUCCUGGAACCAUGGAUGAAGUUAAAGCAAAGCUAAGAAUGAGACAAGAAGGAGCUAUCAAGAGGGAUAGAGCGAUGGCAUACUCUCUGUCCACACAGCAGUCAAGACUGGUUGCCAGUCCAAAUGCCAAUAAGUUAUUGACUCCUCUGAAGCAGCACAACCUAAGCAACAAGAGCUUAGGAUGUAGCUUGUUAGAACGCUGGAUGGAGGCCAAGCCUUGGGAGAGUCCAAAUUACAGGAAGAGUGAAGACAUUGUUCCUGCUUUUCAAAUAAGAAAGAAUGGUGUGACAUCCAGGAUUUCAGCAGUUAAACCUCUAAUAACUAGCCAAUCCACUCCUUCAUCUUCGGCAAUAAGCUCUGAAUACAUGUGUGAUGAUAGUCCUGUGUCAACUUCUUAUACAGCUGGAUCUCCAUCUUUUCCGUCCACCAAUACUGUUCUAAUGGAAGCAGCAGAGGAAAGAGAGGUUCAUCAACCAAGCUACAUGAAUUUGACUGAAUCAACCAAGGCUAAACUGAAAACUAGCAGGAGUUCUUCCCAGAAUUCAAAGAGUCUAGCGAUGGAGGAGUGUGUGUCUCACAGCACAACCACAGGUUUGAUGAAUGGAGAUUUUAGAAGCAGUUCUAAUUCUGACCCUUCAGUUAACGUAUGGAAGGAUUCUUGUGCAACACCUCUGAGAGCAAGUUAUCAAAAACGACAAAUUCGGAUAUGAGUUUCUGUAACAGUGGCAACAGCUUGUUGUCCAUUGCCACUUUGACUGAUCGAGAUGAACAUGAACAUGCGUGCAAGUUAGGAUAAAGGGCUAAUUGACCGUGUAGAUAACAUAGGUGGUUUUGUUUUUUGUGUGAAGAAUGAAAUAGCAACAAACUAGUACACUAUUUUAAUCUGUAUGGUGUUUACAUACUAAUAUAAGCAUAAGUGGCUUCUCUGUGUGAAUUAUAUAACUCUGUAGCUUAAUAUGAAGACAGUAUUAUUCA